GUGGAUGUAUUGAGUGCUGCUGACCAAUCCNNAGUCCUUACUAAAAUUGCUUUCCAAUACUACCCUCUUGAUCUGAAUGCAGCCUCGAAUCCGUUUCUCAUCUCUUGGUGGCCACUUGCUCUAGGAGACCCAGCAUUGUUUCACGUAUCGCUGCAAACGGCGUGUCUCGAUGAAGAGCUGCUGGCCCAAAAAGGAUUUCAGACCUCUGAACUUCUUAUGGCUGAUUCUGUUGCUUUACUGCGACGAAAGAUUGGAGACCAAACACUUGCUGUACAGGAUGGAACAUUGAACUCCGUCAUCACCUUGGCGGCCAUCGAGUUUGGAAAAGGCAAUAUCAUGCUCAGUCGGAUGCAUGUUGAGGGUGUAAAGAGGAUGGUUGAUACGAGAGGCGGUAUUCGCGGUGUGAGGCAGACCAGCCCACUGACUGCGCGAAUGGUAAGCUGGUAA